AUGUCCGAUGAAGAAGAAGAGGACGUUAACUUCAAAGCAGGCGUUGAAAUUUCGAGUAGCAAAGCGUCAUACACGGUUGUUCGGCUUCUUGGAGAAGGAGGAUUCGGUGCAGUGUAUCUCGUGAAAGACGCCAAAGAUAAGACGUACGCGAUGAAAGUUGAACGGAAACUUGAGAAAAGAAAGCAUUCAAAACUGAAGAUGGAAAUUGCGAUUCUGAAAUUAGUGGGCACUGGAAAGCAUUUCACGAAGAUUGUCGAUCGGGGAAAGAAGGAUAAAGAGGGUUUCUUCUUUUUGGUGAUGGAGUUGGUCGGGAAGAGUCUGGCUGAUUUGAAGCAGGAUAGAGCUGACAAAGUGUUCUCGUUUGCAACCGGACUGGGAGUGGCUAGUCAGUGUUUGGAGGCGGUGGAGGAGUUACACAAGUUUGGAUUCAUUCAUCGAGAUCUGAAGCCUCAGAACUAUGCAUGUGGGUUGGAUGACAAGAAGCAUCUCAUUUAUAUUCUGGAUUUCGGAAUUGCUCGAAAGUAUUUGAAUACGAAGAAUGAGUUGAAGACGCCAAGAGAAAGUGUUGGAUUCAAGGGAACCGUCCGUUUCGCUCCACUUGCUUGCCACAGAAGCACAGAAAACGGGCCAAAGGAUGACUGCGAGAGUUGGUUCUAUCUUCUGAUUGAUCUCAUCUUGGUCGGCGGUCUUCCCUGGAGAAAAAUCACCGAUAAAAACGAUGUUCUGAAGUGUAAAGAAGAGUGUCGAAAAGAGAAAAGACACACUUUGUAUACCGGAAUCAAGCAUACAACUGAACUCAACAAAAUUCUCGAUUACAUUGACUCGAGAGCAUAUCAAGAUCGUGUCGAUUAUGCAUUCAUUUACAAGGCUCUCGGGGAGGCUUGUACCUCUGCUGGACUCGACAUUGAUGCACCGUAUGAUUGGGAGAAAGAGAGGGAGAAGGAGAGCUUGAGCAACGAGAAAUCUUCCAAAUAG